AUGUCCAGCAGGGCCUGGCAGAUAGGCCUGCUGGCGUUCUGCCUGCUGAUAGCCACAGCCAAUGGACAGAGCAGGGGGGAGGCAGCAGCCGGGGGUGGCACAAUGGGAGGCGGUGGAGCUAGAGGGGGGUACAGGACCCCCCCAGCCCCCAGAUACGGCAGCAGUGGCAGCAGUGACGACAGGGGCAGCACCGGCGGCUUUGUGACAACUCUCAGCGGAGGUGGCGCCACAUCCGCAAGGGGCACCACUUCUGGAAGUGGAAGUGGCAGCGGCUUUGCAACCACUUCUGCUGGCCUGACAUCCGGCGGCACCCGCGCCGGAACAUUAGGUUCAUCAGGUUCAUCAGGCACAUCAGGCGGCACAUCGGGCGGCAGCUCGGGUGGGACGCUGGGAGGAUCUUUCGGCGGCGUGUCUGGCGGGCAGGCCACGGGGAAUCCUGGGUCUCUCAGCGCCGGCAACAGCGGGGGGUCCGGAAGCGCCGGAACCACCGGAACCACCACCGGGGGGUCCACUUCCUCCUCGUCCUCAGGUACAUUCUCUCAGACGCGGGGGUCCGGCACUGCCACCACCACUACGGGCACCACCGGGAGGGCUGACACCACCCCAGCCACGACCACCACCACCGCACCCGGGGGAACAUCCGCUGUCAUCUCUGGCGGCACUGCCACUGCGGCGACGUGCGGAGUGGACGGCAACCCGGCAUGCGCGGGCGGCAACUCCGAUCCCGUAAUGUACGGAUUCGCGGGCCGCUCCUUCAACUUCAUGGGCGAGGUCGGCAAGAUCUACAGCAUCAUCUCCACGCAGACCCUGCAGGUGUCGAUGAAGCUGAAGCUGGCCAAGAUGUGGGACCAUGAGGGCACCAACAUGGAGGCCAUCGCGUUCAUGUACCGCACCUACAAGGUCCUCAUCGCCCUCGAUGACAACCAGGAAAUGACCGUGUCGCUGCAGGGCAAGGUGCUGAAGGAGAAGAAGACAGCGCAGCACCACGCAUGGCGCUUUGAGAACGGCGCAUACAUCGAGACUGUGUGGGACAAGUACAAGCCUGGCCUGGGCAACACUGUCACCGUCACCACUGAUGUGCUCCGGAUGACCAUCUGGCAGACACCUGCUGGCAUUGUGGAUGAGGGCGGCGUUGUGCUCCCCUCCUGGCUCAACUUUGGCAUCACCCUCCUGGGACCCCCCGCCAACGGCAUCAUGCAGGGCAUUGUGGGAGGAACCUAUGACCGCUACUUGGAGGGCGAGUCUGCUGUCAGCAAGCCUGAGAGCCAGCUGUACCUCCCACCUGAUGACGCGUUCCACGGCAAGUUCAAGCAGGAGGAGUACGAGAUGAAGGACUUCUGGGACACCAAUUUCCCGGCCAACCUCUUCGGCAUCAACUCACCCGAGAUCAAGGAGCGCUCCAGCCUGGAGGAUGACACCAAUCAGGCGGUGUUCCCUGUCUUUGCGCGCGCAUGCUUCCUCUGCGACCAGACACCCUCCGGCCAGAGCCACACCUUCUGAGGCGUUGCCUCUGCUGUUUUCGAACCUGCUUUUGAUUUCCGCAAACGUAGCUCUCUUUGGAGAGCGUGUGCCUGCAACACUUUCCAGGCAGCCGCUCGUCUCACCAUAGCAGUUCGCACAGAGCCAGGGAAUGCCAGGGCUUUGUGACAAUAAGUGAACUGGGAUGGAUGUGGUCAUAAUGCAGCAAGUCAUAGCACCCGUGCAUACUGUGAUGUUUAGUACUAAACUAGUGCACUAGUGCUGAAGUCCAGUCCUGGAGAGACUUGUGGGUGUCUGCAAGUUGCUUUGCAAUAGUAAUGCAGUCGCGAGGGAUGGCAGAAUGUUCCCCAUUACUGAUGUGUGAUUCCGACAGCGUGGGAAGUACAUGGAAUGAGAAUGGCACACAGUGCCACCGAUGAGUUGCACUUCCUUCUUUCAAGUCCCAUAGGAUGGCACUAGUCCAUGGAGUAAUAAUAGCUUGGAGACUGGCAAGAUGCUGACUGUCAUGUGUCCUUUGGUGUACCAUCACGGACUGUGGUGCAAUUUGUUUGCAAGAAUGGAAGAUGGGAAGCUCGUGUCGGAGCAGUGACACCGAGGCUUUCAGUGACAGUGGUGUUCUUUGCAUGCUUGCAAAUGACAGUAGGAUUUUAUUAGCUGAUGAAAUGGAUGUAAGUUCACCGUUUUGCCAUC